CUGAGAUGAAGCUGCUUCAAGGCUGUGUCCUUGAGAUUUGCUGCUUAUUAUAUCUAGAGGUGUCCAAUAAUCCUGUGUUAUGAGGAUGAUUUACCUGAUAUUUUGAGUCUUGUCCCAUAUAUCAGGAACUGCCCGUACUCAGGUUAUGAUGCAAACAUCCAAAAAAUAAACAUUGAUGCCUAGAAGAAUUAACUGUACGAUAAUAGAAUUUCAGUUCAGACUAACAAAUUAGGUACACCAUCUUCCAUGCUAAAUUUUGGCACACUUUGGCAUUACUACAUUUCGGUAGCGUUGGCUUUGUUUAGUUUGAUGUCUUUACCAAAUUCUAGUAGAGUUUUAAGAAAAGAAGCUUCUAGAGCUGCCAAAAUUUAAUAAGAUAGUAAUGGUUGAAGUGUGUUUAGUUUGUUGCCUUACCAAACUUUGGCAAUAUCAAAAUUUGGUAAGGUUGAAAACAGCAACAACUAAAUAUGCACGUAGGAUGUCAUGUUCUCUUAUUUAGAAUUAAGAGAGAAUGAUUGUUAUGUAGCAUGAUUCAACCUUUUCUUCUUUGAGAGAGGAAUGGUAGAGCUGUUCACAUCAGUUGAAGCAGACAGACAAGGUGAUUGGAAUUUGAGAACAUCACCCUGCUUUUUUCCAUGGUUAGUCAUCGCUGAUGGCAGGCGAGUCACACUUGAUGGAGAAAAUUCCAAGGGCUCUUUUGACGUGAAGAUGGAAGAUAGUGUACUACAAUUGAAGAGCUUGAAGCCAUAUCAGGAUAAGAGACUCUGCCUUCCCCGUCUCUGAUACUGUAUGUGUUGCUUUCAGUUGGCCAUCUAUAUCCACCAGUUUUUCUAUCCAUUAUCUUUAAAAAAAAUCCCUUUUGACAUAGAUGUGUUCCUCUAAUGACAUAGAUGUGUUCCUCUAAUGCCAUAAGGUAGAGACUCUCUACCUUUUACUUCAAAAAAAAAAGGCAUGAUUUAGCUAGUGUAAACACCUGGAUACCUAAACAGUAAACCAUAAAAUCAAGUGAGUGUUCUUCUGAAGGUCUAUAAAUAUGGUAUAUUCUACACGUUAUAUGCAGUAUACAGCCUAGAACAACUGCUUGCCAAAAAAGGAAAAGAAAAGAAAACACUUAGUGCAGAAACUGGGAAUUGCAAUGGCGGGAGCAAGAUCCGUUGGUUCUCUCCCAGUGCCUAAUGUGCAGGCGCUUGCAGAAAUUUGCAAUGAUCCAGAUGAACACAUACCUGAAAGGUACAUCAGACCAGAGGCUAGUUCUGAGGAGGUCAUCAACAACUACCAAGGUGACAUGGCGAUUCCGAUCAUCGAUCUCAAGAAAUUGCUUUGUCCGCAAUCAUCAGAAGAGGAGUGUGUGAAGCUGAGAUCUGCCUGCCAGUAUUGGGGGUUCUUUCUGCUCAUUAACCAUGGAGUGCCAGAUGAAGUGAUUGCAAACCUGAAGAGAGACAUUGUUGAUUUCUUUAGCCAGCCACUGGACACCAAGAAGGAGUACACACAGCUACCGAAUAGCCUAGAAGGCUAUGGACAGAGCUUUGUUUUCUCUGAGGACCAGAAACUUGACUGGGCAGACAUGCUGUAUCUUCAUGUCCAUCCUAGCGAUUCAAGGGACCUAAGGUUCUGGCCCACUUCUCCAGCAUCUUUCAGGCAAUCCAUUGAUGCAUACUCAUCAGAGACUAAAAGCCUGGCACUCUGCUUGUUUGAGUUCAUGGCUAAGGCUGUGGGCGCUAAGCCAGAGUCACUUUUAGAUUUAUUUGAAGAGCAGCCUCGAGGCUUAAGGAUGGCCUAUUACCCACCAUGCCGGCAAGCUGACAAGGUGAUGGGCCUUUCGCCACACUCUGAUGCGGGUGGCCUGACACUGCUGCUCGAGAUUAACAAUGUGCAGGGCCUGCAGAUCAAGAAAGAUGGCAAGUGGUUCUCCAUAGAUGCUCCAAAUGGUGCACUUAUUGCUAACAUUGGCGACACACUUGAGAUCCUGAGUAACGGAAAGUUCAGAAGUGUUGAACACAGGGCCGUGAUAAACCCAAAUAAAGAGCGAAUUUCAGCAGCACUCUUCCACUAUCCAAGUGAAAAUAUGGUGAUCAGCCCUCUGCCGGAGUUUGUGAAAGAUGGUAAAGUGAAGUACAGAUCAAUAAGUUACCUUGAUUUCAUGAAACAAAUCUUCACACAACAGCUUGAUGGAAAAAACCGAGUGGAGGUAUUAAAGCUGGACCAGUAGCUGUGACCAUGACGCCUGAGAUACUGACAUGAACCUGCUUGGGGGCUGUCCAUGAGAUCUGCUGCUUAGAGGUGAAACAAUCCUGUAUUACAAUGAUGAUUUACCUGAUAUUUUGAGUCUUGUACCAUAUAUCAGGAACAACAUGUUCUUGAUCAAGUUAUGAUGCAAACACCUGAAACAAAAAAUGGAAAUAAACAUUGAUGCCUUGAAGAAUAAACUAUAUGAUAAUACAACUUCAGUUCGAA